AAUGGUGCAGUGCAAAGCUUUGUACAAAUACACAUUUUUCUAAUAAAGUGAGCACACAUUUCCCCAAGCCCCUGAAUUCCUCACAUCUUCUCUGCCUGCCCAGAUUACUCUUCUCUCUCUUCUCUCGCAUUCUCUAGAGGAGGCAAAGUUUCAGUGUUCAGGGGAGAGCGUCUCUGCAAACGGAGAGAGAGAUGAAUUCCAGUGAAGACAGAGAAAUGCUGCUCCUCCCUAAGCAUGCCGAGGUGGACAGUGUCGCAUCAGUCUCUGCCUGGGCCAGAGUAUCCUUCCGUCGUUCCCCUAAGUGAGCCGUGGGUCUCACUUGAACAGUUCUUCCCCAUGAAACCACAACCCUGAAAAAUAAUUGAAAUGGUCCCCUACAUCCUACAACGAUGAAGUGACAAAUGAGGGCUUUUUAUUUCACCCCUGGGUAGCUGGAUCAGAAACCAGAUCAAAUUCAAGCUUGGUUUAGGUAACAAUUCUUGAAUAUUCUCCUGCAGACUUCACAGGUACUAAAUUUUCAGUUGUUUUGGGGAGUCCAAAAUCCUGUUCUCCCUUAGAAGAUUCAGGAGAAGAAAAGCAGGUUCUGGCCCUAGGGGAGGAUUUUGAGAUCUUUAUUCCCUCUCCAAAGAAGUAAUUCAAUCUUUGCCUCUCCCUUCGGCUUUUCUUGGGGGGAGGGGGGCAGAAGCUGCAGCAGCAGACCAGGCCGGACUCUGCAGGUAGCCCUUGCAGCCACCACCCCUCCCGACUCUUCGUUGAGGCAGGGAAGGAGGGCUGCCCUUACGCUGCAGGCUCAGUCUAUGGCCUGACUCCAAAAGUGAGGAGACCUCCUGUGGAUGAAGACUGUCCACAGUGGGGGGCAUAAAGAUUUGCCCUCAUCCCCCCCCCAGGGGGAAAGGCCCACCCAUAUUUGAUGCAAUUAGCUUUAAAAAUCUUCUAUUUAAGAAGAGAAUGAAUUAAGGCACUUAGAAAUCCACAUGUGGAGCUGAUACGCUUCCCUGUGGUCUUCACGCCCAGUUGUUUUGCCCUGCAUGUUGUGGGCAGCAGCCCCUUGCUGUACACAGACUCUGUCCUUUGAGGUUAGGGGGAAGGAUGCAGGUUGGUAGUGAUGGAUGGUCUAUGGGGGAAAGAGGAGGAAGAACGGCACCCGGCAAGAUCGCAGUUGCUGUAACGGUGAGAUGAUCAGGCCCAGGGGGAGCCAUCUAGUCCAGCCUCUUCUUCCCCCAGUGGGAAGCCCUCAAGCAAACAGGACCACAGUGCAACAGCAUAGCCGUCCCUGCUUGAGAUUCCCCUGCAUACUGCCUCCAGUACUGGGCUGGUACACAGCCGCUGUGGCUGUAGCCAUUGACCAAAGCACCUAAGAAGAGCCUGGUUGCUGGACCAGCCCAAAGGGGGCCCAUCUAGCCCGCAUCCUGUCCACACAGUGGCCAACCAGAUGGCCCAAAGGGAAGAAGCCCACAAGCAGGAUCUGAACUGCCUAGAUCAUUGUGAGGCAAAAGAACGGGUCAGUCCUGGCUCUGUUUUUUACAAUUAAUUACAUCUUUAGAAAUUGCAAGCGGGGAACUUUGCUGGUUUUACUUUUGAAUAAACAUUCACAAGAUUAACCUUGAGCUGAAGAUAAACCUGGCAAGAUGCUGGCGGUUGGAAUUAAGAGUUUAUAAUUUGCAGCCCUGUCUCUUAUUAAACGUUGACACACCACAACUUGGCUUCAGUUUUGCCCAAAGGCUACCGCAAAGGAAGAAUCCUGAGGUUGCUAGACCAAGGGGGGAAGCACAGGUGCUUCAAGGCAAACGGUGCAACGCUGUGCAUGCUUACUCAGAAGUAAAUCCUACUGGGUUCAGCGAGACCUACUCCCAGACACAAAAACUCUCCCUGAAUCUUUGGAGACCUCUUCUCAUCACAGCUCCAUUAUGGUCACGCUCGAGGACAUGGACCUCUGGAUGAAGUUUCACCAAGUGGGAACGGAGAUGAUUAUCACCAAGUCUGGACGACGAAUGUUUCCACAAUGCAAGAUCAAAGUCACUGGCUUGACCCCCUACGCCAAGUACCUCAUGCUGGUGGACUUUGUGUCGAUGGACAGCUUCAGGUAUAAGUGGAACAAGGAUCAGUGGGAGGUUGCUGGGAAGGCUGAGCCACAGCCCCCUUGCCGGACGUAUGUCCACCCAGACUCUCCUGCCCUGGGCAGCCACUGGAUGAAAGAGGCCGUCUCCUUCCAAAAGCUCAAGCUGACCAACAACACCUUGGACCAGCACGGCCACGUCAUCCUUCACUCCAUGCAUCGCUAUAGGCCUCGGUUCCACGUCAUGCAAGCAGACCACCUCUUCAGCACCUGCUGGAGCACCUUCCAGACCUUCAGCUUCCCAGAGACGGUCUUUACCUCUGUCACUGCUUACCAAAACGAGAAGAUCACAAAACUCAAGAUCUACAACAAUCCAUUUGCUAAAGGCUUCAGAGAACAUGGGAAAAAUACGCGCAGAGAGGGAAAAGUUCAGAAGAACAGUCCUGCCACAGGUCAAAAGAGGCCACUGAUGGGAGGACCCAUGCUUGGGGAGGAGGAGCCAGAUCUUGCAAGACACAGGAACAUGGAGGUGAAGGAGGAGAGCUACAUCAUUCCAGUCAGCACUAGCAGCUACCCCAUCUGGCUCUCUGAGGAAAGCAGCCCCCCCUCCACCCCUGCAGAGGCCCCAGGCCACGUCCAGCAGAGCCCCACCCCUGCCCAAGAGCAGCAGGUGCCAACUCCUCCCCCCUCCCCCCAAGCAUACAGGUUCCACGAGGCAGGUGAUGGGCAGCUGCCAGGCCCCCUCAAGGAUAUUGUUUCUUUAAGACCCCACCAGCCAGACUUUGCCAUGAUUUCGGAGGAAGACCCCAAACUAGCAGAUUGUUUCACCGCCACUCUGCCACCACCACGUCCCACUCCUCUGCCACCACCACCACCUCUGCAGGAUUACUCCGGGAUGGUGGGCAAGGCCAUUGACCCUGCAGGGAAAGCAGGACCCCGGAGGCCGAUGUACAGCCCCUAUGCGCCUGAUCAACCCUUCAGCCAGUGGGUGGUUUCUCCCCAUAGCCCCUACAUGCCCAUGAGCUAUGCUGGAUUUUCUACAGACCAUGCUGCACAGGGCCCCUCAGGGCCCAGCCCGGGCACCAUGGCAGACUGGAGCCAGUAUCCUUUGUUCCCCUACGCCUGCUGGUAAAGGGUGAGGAAGGAAGCAGAUUCCUAAGGAGAGAAAAACUGAGGACAGGAACGUGGGAGUCUUCUGGAGAUCUGCCUUACACCACUGGUAAAGAAAGGUACAGUGGCCUUCCCCACCAACACCAGCCGUCCUAAACAUACAGCAAGGCCCUGGCUUGAAUUCUGGAGACUUGCCAAGAUUCUUUAAUAAAAUGGCAGAAUAUUCUUUGUUCUUGGUUUUUAAACACACACAAGUGAGCAGAAAGCACCGUGUUGCGAGUGUGCACCUUUUAGUUCCUCUACUAACUCAAACAGAGGCGUUGCCGUGCAGCCAAAGUCCUCCACCAGAACACUAUUUGGGAUAAAGAAGUCCUACCCGCUGCUUUGUCCUCCUUUGCUGUUUGCCUCGGUGACUUUCAAGUACACGACUGUGUGUGUGUGGUGUCACAUCCAUGAGAGCUUCUACAAGACCAAGAGUCCUGUUGCUUUCCAAGAGGUACAUAAUGGGAGGGGUCUGGGUCUUUUUCUCUCUGCCUCUGUCUCAGAUUUCCAGCAAGAGGGCUUAUGAUCAAGUCUGUUGUUCAUUUAAAGUAUCCAUCCUGACUGAAAAGGGCCAGGGGUUGAAUUGCUGCAGCUGGGCAACAAGUGUCACAUCACAAACAAUUAGCAUCCAGGCAACAGUGGACUAGUUUUUACUUUCACACGUUUUUAAGCUCCGCAGAAAGGCGUGUUGGGGGUUUGCACUGAAAGCCCAAGUAUAAGUCAGCUGAAAGGCAUCUAAUCCAUUUCCUGCAGGUAAACCAAUAAUGCCCCCCAAAUACUAAAUUCUAGGAUGAGGCAACUCUGCUAACCAAAAGAAAAGGAGAAUGGAUGGGGAGCAGGGGGGAAGAUACACACAAUGCAGUGGCCACCCCCACCCUCACUGCUUCAGAUAUGCACACGCUUCCUGCCGCUUCUCCAAAGGAACAAAAAGUGGAUCCCUUCCACAGUCAGAGAAGCAAUAAGGGCAAUACGCCAUUGAGAGAGAAUCCACAGCCGUUUCCUCUAAACACUAGGAAGUGGCAGCAUGUAGGAAAAGAGGUCUGCCUUGCUGCCCCCAGGAAUAAGGGGAUGGGGGGAGAAGACAGAGAUCCUCUUGCUACUGGCCUGAGUAGCCAGCAUGACAGAAAAUCCAAGCCAUACAUGACAACUAUGGCUGCAAAUCGGCGGCUGCAUGUUUUACUGAGUGUACUAACGGAGCCCUGAAUAUGUACCAGAACAGAAGCAAAUUGGGAAAUGCAACGAAAAGGCACUAAUCGUAAGAAAAGACACUUCACAUGUUCUAAGAAUAUAUUUAAUACUGUUAAUUUUGUAGCAUAAAAUAAAAACAAGCUAUGAUGA